UUAACCUGUGACAAGUGCGGUGGCCACAAAAAGCCAAAAUUUAUAUAAAUUUAUUAAAAACAAACUAAAACUAAAUACAAUGCGCCCGUGUGCGCGGCAAAGAAAAUACAACAACUGCAACUGCAACAUCAAGUGGCGCAUCGGUCAAUGUGCAACAAGUGAAUCAACCCAAGAAAGCAAACAACAACUUUUUGAUAACUUUACACUGCCUUACGGUUAAUAAUAUUAAUAUUAACUUACAAAUUAAUACGUAGUUCAAUAUACAAACUAUACAAACAGCAAAAACAAUCAAAAUUUAUAUAUUUACACCAACGAAACCAUUUACAAAUAAGCGAAUAAGCAAGUAAGCAAACAACAUUCAGCAACGUCGAGGAUCGUCAACGGACAACGACAACAAAAAAGCGAAAGACUCCAAAAUAAAGCCAAAAUAAUAUUAAAUUUAAACAUAUAUAUAUACAAGACGGAGGGACUUUUUAACGUUUACAUUUUAAAGUGUGUUAACGAACUAACAACUUUUACACAUCGACAAGGAAACUUUCGUCUUACGUUUCUGUGCGAUCUGAACGACGUCCAGAAGCGGAACUAGACUAAAGCUAAGCCAACUUUAUACAAAUUUUAAACAACCAAACCAAAACCGUCUCAUUAAAAGUGCCUAAAAACGAAAAUUCCCAAGCAAAUCUUAUGAAAAAUUGUGAAAAACGUAAAACAUAAAUCCAAAUUUUGAUACCAAGUGUGAUAGGUAUACAAAAAUCCAAUUGGAACAGCAGAGAGAUAGAGAGAGGAGUGUUUCGGUGGCGAAACAAAGUUAACACUUUCCUGGUUUGAGACGAGAGGAGAACCCUGGACCUGGGUGGCAUCAAGAUUGAUCAGAACUUUCGCGACUGGCAGGGGUAUUCAGGAAACGGCUACACGCUGGCAGCUAACAGUAUUUGCAGUGCAGGCUUUGCCCUAUCAGCGAUGCCCUUCGACGAUGCACUGCUCUGGUGUCCGGAUAACGAUGGUCGUAUUGUUGGUGGUCUAGACUUGGCAACAUGCAUAGCUGAUGAUUCUACGGUAACUGGAACGGAAAACCUGAAUCCCUCGAUCCAAUCAGCUGGCAAUCCGAACAAUCCGCAUCAAAACGUAGUAGGCGGUGUCGUGGGAUCGGUGGGACCCUCCGGAAACGAACUGAAUGGAGCGGCAGCCCGCAACGUGAACGUGGUGGUGGAGCCGCUAUGCGGCAGCGACUCCUCCGACGAGCUGUUCCGCAGCUUCUCCGAGAGCAACUUCGAGAUCGAGAGCCUGCUGUCCGAUUUGGCCACCGUCGAGGUGAAAGUCGAAAAUGAGGAGAACAACAAUAACGUCAUCACCGAUGAUGACUUUGCCAGCGUGGCCGCCGCCGUGGUGGCCAACGAUGAUCUGUUAGCCAAAGAGAAUGCCCAGCUGAGUGCCCAGGGUCUGGUCGAUUCGGUGGCCGCGAGUCUAGCCGACUCCGGCGAUGCCAGUGGCCAGCAGGCGCUCCUAGCCUUCGGCUCUUCUAAUUCGGCGGCCAUUGCCGCUGCAGCUGCUGCUCUCUGUGGCGAUCUGAUCAAUAAUAACAAUAGCAGCCAUGGCGGCGGAGGAGGAGGAGCUGGUUCCGGCGGCGGAGUAGCCGGCGACUGUGCCACCAAGCUGGAGUACGCCCUCAUGGGCGGACAGCCGCUGGCGGAGGAGCCGCGAUUUGUGACCAGCGCCGCUGCCAAUCCCCUGCUCGUCGAGAAGCUUAUGUCCAAGUGCCUAAACAUCGAGAAGCGACUGGAAAAACUCAGCGACACUGAAAUUCCUAUUGUCAAACAAUCGACGAGUCCGGCACCGCAGCAGCAACACCAGCAACAGCAACACCUGCAGCAGCAUCAGCAACAGCAGCCGCACAAUGCGACCAGCUUUGCCGGUGCCACCGCUCUGCUCCACAUCAAGACAGAGCAGAAUGCUCUACUCACACCGCUCCAGCUGCAGCAGCAGCAACAACAACAGCAACAGCAGCAGCAUAGCUUACAUGGUGCAACAGGCAACGGUGGCAGCAGCAACAGCAACAAUGCCCACCAGCAGCAGCAACCGCUGGCCAUACCGCACCGCCCGCUGCUACAUAAUUUGCUCAGCGGCGGUGCCAUCCACAAUCCGCACCACAGAAACUACACGACGGCCACAACAGGUUCAUUUCCGCCCAGUCCCGCCGACAGCGGCGUCUCCGACGUGGACAGCUCCAGUUCCGGCGGCCAGCCCUGCGCCGAUGAGUUGAAGGCGCGGCUUGGUAUGCCGGCGGCCACUUCGGCGUCGGCAGCGGCCGCAGCAGCAGCGGCGGCAGCGGCAGCGGCACACCUGCACACGGGCACCUUUCUGCAUCCGAAUUUAUACCAGAACAACACGGCGAAUUCGCUGAGGAACAUAUGGAAUCGCAGUGUUGGGGUGCCCGAUAACUACUAUGGAAGCAGUGGCGCCGGAAGCGGGGGCGGCCAGGCAGGUGGUCCAGGAAACCCCCAAGCGCCGGGCUAUCUGACAACGUCCUACUUCAACGCACCGACAGCAGCAGCGGCGGCAGCGUCCCAGCGUGGUACCACCAUCAACGGCUAUCAUUCCCUGCACCAGCAGCAGCAACAGCAGUCGCAGCAAUCGCAGCAGCAACAGCAACUGGCCCACCAGCAACUGUCUCACCAGCAGCAGCAGGCGUUGCACCAGCAACUGUCGCACCAACAGCAGCAGCAGCAACAACAACAGCAGCAACAGCAACAGCAGCAACACCCGCACUCGCAGCUGAAUGGCCCGCAUCCGCACUCACAUCCGCACUCCCACCCGCAUUCGCACCCGCACGCGGGCCAGCACACGCAUUCCACAAUCGCUGCAGCGGCUGCAGCAGCAGCAGCUUCCGUCGUUAGCAGCAGCAGCAAUGCCGUAGCAGCGGCGGCCAUGCUAAGCGCUAGUGCAGCGGCAGCGGCAACGGCAGCAGCGGCGGCGGGCGGAUCCCAGAGCGUUAUCCAACCGGCGACGUCCAGCGUCAGCUAUGAUCUCUCCUACAUGCUGGAACUGGGCGGCUUCCAGCAGCGCAAGGCAAAGAAGCCGCGCAAGCCCAAGCUGGAGAUGGGUGUAAAGCGACGCAGUCGAGAGGGAUCCACCACAUACCUGUGGGAGUUCCUGCUGAAACUCUUGCAGGAUCGUGAGUACUGUCCGCGCUUCAUCAAGUGGACGAAUCGGGAGAAGGGCGUCUUCAAGCUGGUCGACUCGAAGGCAGUGUCCCGUCUGUGGGGCAUGCACAAGAACAAGCCGGACAUGAACUACGAGACGAUGGGAAGGGCGCUGAGGUACUACUACCAGCGCGGCAUCCUGGCCAAGGUGGAUGGCCAGAGGCUGGUCUAUCAGUUCGUCGAUGUGCCCAAGGACAUCGUUGAGAUCGACUGCAAUGGCGUCUGAAGAGGAGUGACCUGAGGAGGCCUGUAUAUAUAUGUAGUUUGAUUCCGAGAGCGGAUCGGACUGGAAUGGCAAUAUAGGUUCUGGGGGAGGGGUAAAAUCAACCGGCUAGCGGCAAUAGUGGCUGAAAGCCACGUGAGGUAGGGUUUUCUUUGUACAUGCGUUGAGUUUCUUGGUUAGCCAGAGAUAAGCAUAAGUUACACCUAGCUAUAGUCCCAAUACCCGUACAUAAACGUAUAUAUAUAUAUGAGUAUAUAUAUAUAUAUAUAUAUAUUCACACCCUGUGUCCUGUACCCUAUACAUACACCCAGCUAAAUCGGCGGUAAAUAAUGAUCUAUUCAUUGGCGUUAGUGUUGUACUUGUAACUUGUAAUUUUAUCUGUAAACUGUAACUGUAAUGAAUAUUGUUAUUAUUGGUUAUUAUUAUUAUUAUUAUUAAUAUUAUUAUUGCUAUAGCUAUGGCGGAAGGACAAAGGACGAAGGACGACCGAAUUGAUUAAUAUUGAUAUUCGAUAAAUGUGUGUAAUAUGUAAAUGAGUACGAACCCCUAUAGCUGCAAGAAAUUCUCUAUCUCCAUUGAUCUAAAUCUAAAUCUAAAUUGAAAUCUAUAUGUAUAUGAGUAUGUAUAUGCCUAGCCUAAUGCCCUUUCAACUGUCCCCCAGCCCCCAGCUGCCCAAGGACAAACACAGUGCAGAGGAUAUAACUUUACAUAUAUAGAUGAUAUAUAUAUAUAUGCAGAUCUGAACGAUCUGCGUGGGUGUCUGUGCUUGGGCUAAUUGUUUUUGUUGCUUAUUUUAUAAAAGAAAAGAGAGAUGGAAAUUUAUUAUUUCAUAGUUUUAGCUAUUUUUACGAUUAAUUUAGGUUAUUUAUUUAAGUGUUUCUCCAGCUAAAUCCCUUAACUUCCCCAAACAACAACUACAAACAAACAAAAACAAACACACACACAUCCUAACUGGAGCUAAGAACCCAGAAAACUGGUGGUCUAAACUUUAUUGUAAUUAUUAUUUGAUAAGUUUUGUAUAUUUACAACAUCAACAGCAGAAAACAGCAAAAACAGCAAAAAAAAAACUCACAGGAUAAACCCGAAAAAAAGCACUCCUUGAGCCAUCGUUUAAGCAGUCUUAGAACACCAAACCAAACUCAACUCUUUUUUGAUCUGAUCUGAAAUUUAUUUAUAAAGCAUAAAGCUAAACUAUCGUAUUCUUGUUAACGUCACACUGCCACAAAUCGAAACAAGCCUAACACAUAAUGGAACAGAUCUGAACAGAUAACCAAACAGAUAACCGAACAGAUAUUCUGAGAUACUGACCCAUAGUUUCAAGCGAUACUGCAACCGCAAUCCUCAAUGCAAUUAUAUACCGACAACUUCUACGAUAACUUUCCAAACACUGCCCAAAACGUGCAAUCUCUUGAAAGGAAACCUUGAAUAGGAAAAGAGAAUAAAACCAACUCCUAGUUCUUUAAUCUAUUUCUUUAAUAGUUGCGUUCUCUAAGUACCUUUAUCUAUUAUUAUUAUUAUUAUGUGUACGUGAAAAUGAAAUCUACAAUAUAUCAUUUUGUUUAUGAUGUUUGGUGAUUGAUGAUGCAAAUAAACAAAGUGAGUCUUGAGUUCAACUCUGUUCAUUGUAAACAAUUUUUUAUGAUUAUUUUUUAUUUUUUAAAUAAAAUUAUUAUUUCAA